UUAAGUUAGUACAACAACAGCUGCAGGUCACAACACGUCGCAGCCGGCAGUAGACAUAAAACGCCCAGCUUCUGUGAAGAUAGAUCGCUUCUGCUUUUUAAACAUUUUAAACGCAGGCUUUGCACCUGGCAUAACCGUAUAACCGUAACAAACUGCUCAACAAUGUCUUCUUCCGACGCUCCGAUUUCCUUAAACAGAAGUUUCUUCAAAUCGACUGUAGAUACUUUCGGAUUAUUCUACCUUGUGCUGCUGUGGUGUAUCAGUCCGGCACCAUGCCAGCUGGUGGUACCUCUGGGGAAAUUCACCUGGCUGGAUCGCCAGAGCCUCCCGUCGGCCCUGCCCACCACCCCGUCCACGCCCAUCAAUGGGCGGGUACUAGUGCCGGCGCUGUCUAGGAAAACGGCCGAUAACGGCAGUCCCGCGGAUGUUGCGUUCGUCGAAUCCUGUAAAGGCAUGACCUCCGCGGCGGGUCUGCAGUGCCCGUGCGCCGGUAUUGGCCAGCGCUGCGCGGACCCCGCAUCCGUCUGCAACGCCCGGCGUCAGUGCGUGUGCGAUGAUGCACUGGCCUACCAGGAUUCCAGUGGCACCCGUUGUAUUCGCUACCCAACUACAACGCCGUUCACGUGCAGGGAAGAAAACUGUCCGCCCUGCUCGGCAACCACCUGCGCGCGCUGUCCCUGUCCGCCCGGUUCGGCGGACACCUGUUCACGCUGCCCGGCCGACCUCUGCGCAUUAUCAACAGCUGCAAACACCACAGCUUGUCCACCCUGUUCGGCAGACACCUGCUCGCGCUGCCCGGCGGAGCUCUGCGGAAGCUGUCCGCCCUGUUCGGCAGACACCUGCUCGCGCUGCCCGGCCGAGCUUUGCGCAGCACCGACAGCUGGGACCACCACCGCUUGUCCAUCGACGACUACUGCCAUUACGACCACGACUGCGACGACACCAACGACUGCAACAACAACCGCAUCCCCCGAUACGUCUUGCGUGGCGCAGGGAGUCUCGAUGGUAGAUAGCGCUGGUUACCCCCCUGCUGCGCCGUUCCCGAUUACCCCGUGUGGAGGCUGCUAUUUCCUGACAUCGGCCGACACGACUAUAUCGCUCUCCAGUGACCCUAACCACAUCACAGUAUGUCCGAUUAUGAUGAUUGCACCUCCUGGAAGCCAUAUCACCAUAGCUCCUGUCAUUUAUAACUGGCUGUUUUGCAACAAAGUGUUCCUGGUAAUCAACGGCGUUCCUUACGGCGAUGCGGGCUGUCAAUCUUUCAAUAGUCCUGUCACUGUCACGGCCAGCAGACUAAGCAUUGUAUACUUGAGUUACCAUACCACGAGCUCUUUCACAAUCACUGCUGCUGCCACUCCUCCAGCUGGAUGACCUUCUCGUGGUGGAUAUUCCAAAGUUAAUAUUCUGGCUGUUCCAUUACCGCUUCCGGUAAUCGCUGAUGUUAUCUGCUGCGCUGGAUUGCUGGUUUAAAUCCUCUUCGUUCAAGUUUUCUUUCAUUUCAAUGAGUUCCCGACACGUUCACUGACUGGGUUUUCUGCCGGCAUUUGCAGUUACAAUUUGACAUCAUUUCCAGAUGUUUUUGGUCCUCCGCGUGUUUAUGUUUAGUGAUCACCAAUUACACAUGAUUGACCUUUUUGUUUUCCCCAUGCGUACUCCCGUAAAAUUCGCACACUCAAUCCAGCGCAGGUUCGCUCCAGCGUGAUCUCAACUUGGCAAUACAGUAUACCAUUCUACGUUUUUCGGUCUACGCCUUUACGGAACAUAUUGCGGUAAACUUUCACUUCACCGAACAAAACAUCGCUGUCGCCGGUAUCCGUUCGUCUGUUUUGUUGUAUCCAAAUAGGUACAAUGCACUUCACUUCACCAGGACUGACAGUGUAAGAAAUUCAGAGCAUUUGUAGUUAUUCUGUCAAUCAUGCCGCAUCUGUUUUAUGACACUCUCUGAAAUCCAUUCUUUUUUUCUGCUCGAUUGGUAGUCGUUUCACCUCGCUUGCUGAAUGCUCCUGUAAACCCGGUAGAUAGGUAAACCAUCUGGAACUGCUAAACCAUCUGAAUACUCGGACAUCACGCUGUUGCCCAAACCGUUUGUUAUGUAAAUAUCGUCAUCCUCAUCUUUUUCUUCACGAAAAGGUCAGGCAGUGUGAGCGCCUGCUUGAAAACGACGCUUCAACUUUUCCAAAAUCUCUUCCCCUCUUUAAGAAAGAACUGGCGUAUUAUUACUGCUCUCGGCGGCUUUUUCUUCUCCAUCACAGCAAAGUUCCUUGAUGAAUUCUGCAAUCCAAAUAAGGCAGACCGUUGUAUCGUCCAGGAAGGCAUUCGCUUCGCUCAGCGGCACUGAGUAGUCACUUUUUUUUGAAGAUGCGCUUAAUGAGCACCAGUAGACGAGCGUUGGUAAUUGUUCUCCAAGGAAUCGAAUGGCAGUAGACGGCUCGUGAACUGCAACAUCUGUUAUAUUCCGAUUCGGCAUGAAAAGAUUCCUCCCUAAGUGUGAGGCCGUAGGUCUGAUCCUCCAUUGGGAUCCAUUAAAUGACGUUUUCAUCCAGAGUUGUCAAUCAGUUGCACUUUAAAAUUUCUGUUUCUUUGUUUUCAGGUUAUUUUAUCAAAAUCCCGCAAUUUCCAUGACUGUUCCGGCAGUGGACAAAUUAAAGAGUAGACAGCGAAUGCACCAAAUAAUGUAAAAGGUCAUGACAAACUUCCUAUCCAGGUUUGACGGGGCCUUAAAUCACUUUAUUCCAGGGUUCGGGACUGGGGUUCCAUAUAAAUACUUCCUUCGCUGCAUUAAUCCAAAUAUUAUUGGCUUUUCUGCGGGACAACAAAACUUAAUCUCUCGUGGCUUGCUGCAUUCACUGCAUUACGCUGCAACAUUGACAUUGCCCUUUCUGCAAUGCUUUUCACAAAAUGUUUUGGGCAGGCAUCUUCUGCAAUUACUUGCAGACUCGACGCGCUCUUUUUUGAGCGAAUGUAUCAGUAACUACCGUACAUCAAUAAUUAAA